CCUAUAAGCUCGUUUAUUCCUUGAGGAUAUACUGAUUAUACUCUAUCAAUCAUCAUCUUCCUCUCUCUAGUUUUCUCUCAAUCUAUUAUUCUCCCCGGAGAAAAGUAGUCAACGGUCAGCGCGAUCUCCAACGAGUUUCAAAUCGGAAAAAUAUAGCUGAGAUUUGUGUAUUGGAAUUAAAGUCAACGGGUGAAUACGCGUCGAGGAUAGGCUCUGGUCUUACUUUGCGUACUCUUAAUUUCUUAGUCUUGGACUUUCUUUGGGGCUUCCUUGUAGCUCCAGAUCCUUAAUUUGUGGGUCAAAAAAAUCAAGCUGGGUCUUUCUCUGAUGAGAUGAAUUUAGAAUUCUAGGGUUUCCUUUUUAAUCUAAGAAGUUGUAAUGGAACGAAGAUUGAUGAUACCUGGAUUCUUUUGGCUGGUUCUGGUUUUCGAUUUGGUUCUCAGAACAUCAGGCAACGCCGAAGGUGAUGCUCUGAGUGCUCUGAAGAAUAGUUUAUCCGAUCCUAACAAGGUGCUUCAGAGUUGGGAUGCUACUCUUGUUACCCCUUGUACUUGGUUUCAUGUUACUUGCAAUAGUGACAACAGUGUUACCCGUGUUGACCUUGGGAAUGCCAAUCUAUCUGGUCAGCUUGUUAUGCAGCUUGGCCAGCUCCCAAACUUGCAGUACUUGGAGCUUUAUAGCAAUAACAUUACUGGGCCAAUCCCAGAGCAGCUUGGGAAUCUGACUGAACUAGUGAGUUUGGAUCUUUACCUGAACAAUCUAAGCGGCCCCAUCCCAUCAUCUCUCGGCCGACUACAGAAACUCCGUUUCUUGCGUCUGAAUAACAAUAGCUUAUCUGGGGAAAUUCCAAGGUCUUUAACUGCUAUCUUGUCGCUGCAAGUUCUGGAUCUCUCAAACACUCGUCUCACUGGAGAUAUUCCUGUCAAUGGUUCCUUUUCACUUUUCACACCCAUCAGUUUUGCCAACACCAAUUUGACUCCUCUCCCCGCUUCUCCGCCACCUCCCCUCUCUCCUACACCGCCAACACCUGCAGGGAAUAAUAGAAUUACUGUAGCAAUUGCGGGAGGAGUUGCCGCAGGUGCUGCGCUUCUAUUUGCUGUUCCGGCCAUUGCUCUUGCUUUGUGGCGAAGGAAAAAACCACAGGAUCACUUCUUUGAUGUACCAGCUGAAGAGGACCCAGAGGUUCAUUUAGGACAACUCAAGAGGUUUUCAUUACGUGAACUACAAGUUGCUUCGGAUAACUUUAGCAACAGGAACAUACUGGGUAGAGGUGGUUUUGGUAAAGUCUAUAAAGGACGGUUAGCUGAUGGUACUUUAGUGGCGGUUAAAAGAUUGAAAGAGGAGCGUACCCAAGGUGGAGAACUACAGUUCCAGACCGAGGUUGAGAUGAUCAGUAUGGCGGUUCAUAGGAACUUGCUUCGGCUUCGUGGUUUUUGCAUGACUCCAACAGAAAGAUUGCUUGUUUACCCCUACAUGGCUAAUGGAAGUGUUGCCUCCUGUUUAAGAGAUCGUCCGGAGUCCCAGGCACCACUUGAUUGGCCAAAGAGACAGCGUAUUGCGUUGGGAUCGGCAAGGGGGCUUGCAUAUUUACAUGAUCAUUGCGAUCCAAAGAUCAUCCAUCGAGAUGUGAAAGCUGCAAAUAUAUUGUUGGACGAGGACUUUGAAGCCGUGGUCGGUGAUUUUGGGCUCGCAAAACUCAUGGACUACAAAGACACACAUGUGACAACCGCAGUGCGUGGUACAAUUGGUCAUAUAGCCCCUGAGUAUCUUUCUACAGGAAAAUCAUCAGAGAAAACCGAUGUGUUUGGUUAUGGAGUCAUGCUUCUUGAGCUGAUUACUGGACAAAGGGCUUUUGAUCUUGCGCGCCUAGCUAAUGACGAUGAUGUCAUGCUACUAGACUGGGUGAAAGGGUUGUUGAAAGAGAAGAAGUUGGAAGCGCUAGUAGAUGUGGAUCUUCAGGGUAAUUAUAUAGACGAAGAAGUGGAGCAGCUGAUCCAAGUAGCUCUGCUCUGCACUCAGAGCUCACCAAUGGAGAGACCCAAAAUGUCUGAAGUUGUGAGAAUGCUUGAAGGAGAUGGUUUAGCUGAGAGAUGGGAAGAGUGGCAAAAGGAGGAAAUGUUCAGACAAGAUUUCAAUUACCAAAACUAUAACCAACCAAACACUGCCUGGCUCAUAGGAGAUUCCACUUCCCACAUCGAAAACGAUUACCCAUCUGGUCCAAGAUAAGAUUUGUAACACUAAUGCUCUAUCUGUUUUUAUUUUUCUUCUGUAUUUAUUGAGGGGUUUAGUUUCUGCUGCUCCAUAUUAUUGGGUUCUUUAGUGAGUACAUGCAUGAGAAAAUCAGAAAAAUCAAAUUGGGUUUGUAAGUUAUAUGAAACGGGAUUCGAAUGUUGUUGAAAGGUAAAUCCCAAAACAUGACUUAAAAAGUUAAUUCUCAAGGAUUGUGGUGACGUGAUUUACA